ACGAAAAUCCCGCCGCGCCGCGCCCCGCCCCAUCCCGUCCCGUCUUUUCUUUUCUUCGCCCGACCAAGCCAGCAACUUGUCAGCCGUUGCCGCUCGCAACUGGGGAAGGCCGCAACUCCCCUCGGCCACCUGCAAAUCACUCCAGCGAGCAGUGACGUCGCCGUCUUCUAUCUACUCAACCAUCAGGACACGACGCAUUCUGUAGAUGAGAUGAGAUAGGCCAGUCGGCAGAAGAAGGUUGCGCGAGGGGGCAAGAUUUGUUUGCUGCCUUCGAGGUGCGUGCGCCGGCGGGAUUUGCUUUGCUUCGCUUCGAUGGGGUUCCACCUGCUGGCGAUCGCGGCGGCGAGGGGGGUGCUGCAGGUGUUCCAGAUCUCGGGCCCGCUGCUCUGGCCGCUCAACCUCUGGCUGCCGUCCGCGCGCCAUCUGCCCGAGGCCUGCGCCGUCGUCUACGGCACGCUUGCCUCGCACGCCGCGUGGCUGCGCACCGCCUACCGCCGCCUCGGGAGCAGCGCGGGCGGCGGCGUCGACGAGUACAUCCGCCACGCGCUGCUCAGCAUCUCCUACUCCUACUGAACACGGACGGCCAAGCGUGAACAAGGCCGCGGCCGGUGGCGGCGGUUCCCCGUGUCCUGGUAGUUUAGGAUGUUUUUUUUUUAUUUCUUUUCCAUUUGCUCGCUUGGUUUCUUGUUCUUCUUGGUUUGAUUUUGGGUGUGUGUUUAGAUUUCUUUUCAUUGCAAGAUUUGGGAGCGUUGUAUCCGUGAUCAGUAAAUACAAAUGUAUUUUCUCUCUAAGAAAUCUUGAUCUUCCCGAA